AUGGACGCGUCUUCGGCGUCGGUGACGCGCGACGACGCGUCGUCGACGCUCGAGACGUCGACGAGCGAGGUGACGGCGGGCGAGGUUGACGGCGAACUGCGCGCGGCGACGGCGACGCCGGGGGAGAAGAAGAAGAAAAAGAAGAAGACGUACGAGCGAGUGAAGCUGCCGACGCCCGAGGACGUGUAUCAGCAGGACGCGAUGGAUAACUGCGCGAUUAAGACGGUGAUGUCGUGCGUGCUCGGCGGCGCCCUGGGCGGGGUCAUGGGCGUGGUGUUCGGCGCGUUCGAGCCGAUGGAGGUGCCGGCGCCGGAUGCGCCGAAGGUGACGAUGAGGGAGACCAUUAGACAAGGUGCGAAAAGCGCGGGUGCGCGAUCGUGGAGUUACGCGAAAGGGUUCGCGGCGUUCGGAGCGUUGUACGCCGGGAGCGAGUGCGUGGUGGAAAAGGUGCGAGCGAAGCACGACGUGGCGAAUAGCGCGUACGCGGGUUGCUUCACGGGUGGGGUGAUGGCGCGCACGAGUGGGCCGACGGGAAUGGCGGUGGGGUGCGCGACGAUGGCGGCGUUGAGCGUGGCGAUGGAUAAGUUUAUGGACCACCAUUAA